AUGUGUAAAUUGUUGGCUCUCGCCUUGACGUUGUGCUCGGUUUUAGUGGGAACAACAGAUUGCACCUCCAGUUUCGAUCAGAGACAAACGGGAGAUUUAAAUGUGCAAAUUGGUUUGAAAAACAUAAACAUAAUAGCAUUACUUAAAGGAGGAAAAGAAGAAUAUGUGGACUACGAUUACGCUUACGAUUACUCGGAAAUGACGAUAAAACCACAGAACGGUACUACAACACCAAAACCGUUAAAUGCUAACACAACGAUUUCUACAACAGUAUUACUAGAGCAGACUACGGAAGGUAUAAGGAAUAGCACUGGUGUUGCUGUAGAAGUAACGGAGGCAUCUCUCAACCAGCCUGCAAACAAUAAUGUUGUCACUACACCUCAGGCGACAGCGGAUAUCCUCACGACAAUAGCUCCAGAUUCUUCAAAUAAGGCGAAUAUCACCACUGCUUUACCAAUACCAAAUAAAUGUAGACGGGGUUUUGUUCAGAAUAAUGAAGGAAAAUGUGAAUACAAAGUGCAUGGCACAUCGAAUGCGUUACGAAGAAUUGUUAAACUAGCUCAAAAAAUCAAAAUAGGCAGACAGUAUGAAGAAUCUCAAGACUGA